AACGCUGCCACUGACUCUGGCACUGAGCUGCACUGGCACUGGCACUGAGCUGCACUGACUCUGGCACUGAGCUAACACUAAGCUGCACUGACUCUGACUCUCAUUUCACAAACUCUCUUUCAAUGGCCUCUGCUCUUCUAGCCGACUCUCCUCCAGAUAUUCAUCGCCUUUCUUUAGCUGUCGACCACCCGCCUUCUGCAUCUCCCUUCCCUUCCCCAGGCUCGCCCUUCUUACCUCCACCUACCAUCGGCUCGCACGAGUUUGCAUCUAAACCUUCUUCUUCCAGCCAGACCAUGUGCAAUAUUGACACCAAGACGUCUGCCAAGUCUCCAACUUUGAGCACGCAGAGCGAUGCUACAACCAUGCCUCUCUCACCCUCCCUCGAUGGAGGUGCCACUCCAACGGCCACUAUUGCAGCAAAUUCGCUCGCAUCCGCAUUAUCGCCAACUACACCCAGGCCCCAGUCCUCAUUUCAAAUCCAGCAGCAACCGCCAUCCACACCAGAGCAAUCACUCACGGUGCUCGUUGAUCCCCGUCGGGUAUCUCUAGCUUCUUCACGCCCUGCCCCUCCAUCCCCUGCCCUCUCCAGAAGGGCUUCGGCUGCUCUCUCUCGCCAAUCAUCAACCGCGAGAUCCAGGCGGCAGUCAAAAGCAAGUACUCUAUCUCAGCAGCCCGACCAUGACAAGGUCGCCUCUUCGUCUUCGGCUGCUACCAUUACUCAAGACUCGACUCCCUCUCGCCGUCGAUCUUGGAUAGUCAAAAUCCGAGACUUUGCCUUUUCUCCAUCCGAUGAGAGACAUGCAGGUCGAGGUCCUGAUGCUCCUCGACCUAACCGUGCACGGCAACGAUGGUCCACCAUGUCUUCCUCUUCAGAGUCUUCGUCGAGACAUAGCGACAUUGAUGAGGACGCAGAAGAUGAGCAGAGACAUUCCAGCUGGAGUCCAUUCCGAUGGAAUACAUUGAGCAAUCAUUUCAGUUGGGGCUCUCGUUCACAGAAUGAUGAUAUUGGAGGUCCCUCGCAUACCGAUUUUGAGAGAAAUUUUGAUGCGUCUUCACCAGUCGACGAGUCCACCGAUCAGCCAUAUCCAGAAGACGACGAUCAGGACGAGCUAGAAGACGAUUAUCCGAACGAGGAUGAACCCUUAGUACCAGGUCUAUAUCGUGCUCUCUAUGCUUUCGACCCGGAGGGGACAGCAGAGAUGGCGCUGGAGGAGGAACAGAUGGUGAGAGUUGUAGGAAGAGGUGGUGGGGUGGGAUGGGCGAUUGUAGAAAAGGAUGGAGGAGGUCAUGCGCUGGUACCAGAAAGCUACCUCGAGCUAGUCCAGGCAGAUGACGCUUGAUUAUAUUGAUACAUCGGACUUUUGUGCAUUAGUUCCUGAAAAGAGCAACAUGUUUUUUGUAUCGUAAAUUCUCGAAAUACCCUCGUGUUCUGAUAUUCGUUUGCAGGUCAUAGUAAUUAGGAAGUAUAUUGAUCACCAUGAUGAGGUAAACUACUUUUCAUUGUUCUGUCACGCCCCGCAAGACUUGUCUCCGGGCCCAUUCCCCGACGACUGAACGCUGCUCUCCAACGAUUGCUCUCCAUAAAAGUCUUCCAGAGUGCGACCCCAUAGCCACAAUGGUUCCGUCUUGGCACGAAGCCAGAGUUUCCUUGAUGGGUGAGGUGGCGCAGGGAUGGACUGAUCUGCAAAACCAUACGUUGCGACAUCCGGAGAUAUCGUCAAAGUUGCUUCCGUCUCUUCUAGUUUCUUCAUUGCGUACGAGACAACGAGAGACACUUGUUCGACCAUAAGGU